UAUAGGUAGGUACACCUACCUGACUUCACUUGGACUUGGAGUUUUGUGUUGUGGUUUGUGUUUGUGAAAUCAAAUUGAAUAAGUAAACCAAAUUACUGAAGUCCUUACUGAAGCUGUUUCAACAAUUAAAUACAAAAAUGAGCCUACACAAAGCAAGAAUACAAGCAUUUGAAGAGAUUCUUGAACAAGAUGUGAUUGAUAUUGACCAGUUAAGGAAGCUGGCUUUCAAUGGUAUUCCUGAUGAAAAAGGAUUACGCUCGAUGGUCUGGAAGAUCCUGUUGCAUUACUUACCUUAUGAGAAGAGCGCGCGUGAAGACACACUUGUUAAAAAACGACAAUUGUACAAACAAUUUAUCAAUGAAAUAAUAGUGUCUCCGGGUGGGCCGAGCGACCACCCCCUUAACAUCAGCCCAGACAGUUCAUGGAGCACGUACUUCAAGGACAAUGAGGUGCUCCUCCAAAUUGAUAAAGACGUCCGCAGAUUGUGCCCAGACAUAUCAUUCUUCCAGUCGGCUACAGAAUUCCCUUGCCCGGAGAUUGUAAACAGUAACGGUGUCAAACGAUUACAUAAAAGGGUUGAGCAGUCUAUGCUCUCGUACUCAACGUUGGAAAGGAGGGGACUCGGCGUCGCAAAGUUGAGCAACGAAAUCCGUCGCUCGGACAGCCUCUCGAGCGGGGACUACGCGCCUCUGAACGAGGGCUGCGAGGCCCACUGGGAGGUGGUGGAGAGGAUGCUGUUCCUGUACGCGAAGCUCAACCCUGGUCAAAGCUACGUGCAAGGCAUGAAUGAGAUCAUUGGCCCCAUCUACCACACCUUCGCCAUUGACGCCGAUAAAGAGUUUAGACAGCACGCAGAAGCGGAUUGUUUUUUCUGUUUCACGAAUCUGAUGUCCGAGAUCCGGGACUUCUUCAUCCGCACGCUGGACGAGGCGGAAAGCGGCAUUAACUACAUGAUGGGCAAACUGUGCGACUGCGUCAAACGGAACGACGUCGCUGUAUGGGGGCUCCUGGAGAUGCAAGUGCUGCGCCCGCAGUACUAUAGCUUCAGAUGGCUGACUUUACUACUCUCCCAGGAGUUCUCGCUGCCAGACGUGGAAAGAAUCUGGGACUCACUGUUCGCUGACUCUGACAGAUUCAACUUUCUCAUAUACAUUUGUUGUGCCAUGAUAUUAUUGGUAAGAGAUAACCUCCUCAGCGGUGACUUCGCUUCAAAUGUGAAGCUUCUGCAGAACUUCCCGCCUAUGGACGUAUCUUUAAUACUAAAUAAAGCGGUGGAAAUCGCUGACAGGGACAGGUAAUAUGUACCACCGAUUUUAUAAAACGUUUUGUAUAGCAUUUAUAUAAAAAGUAUAUUCAUAAAGCGUAUUUGGAUCGUCUCUUACAUGUGUAUUUAGAUAUAUAGAUACAGACAUUUAUAUGUAAAAUGUCUAAUUUUGAGCACUUUUUGCAUUUGUUAAGAUCUUACACAAUCAUUAUUUUGUAAUGUGAGUUGAUUUACUACUUCUAUAUUGGUAGUAAUGUUAUCCAUAUCACAAAAAAUACUUUCGGGCUGGUUCCAUUAGUACUGAAAUAAAUUAAUUAUUUGUAAUUAGUUUGCUCUGAAAUUACAUAGAUACUAUUUAGCCUUUUCAAUAUACAAUUUAUAGCUUUAGGCUAGAGAACGAAGUUAGACGCAGCAAACAAAUCACAUUGCGGUGUGGUUGUCGUUGCGUCAAUUACGCACUAUGAUUGGUUAGAUGCGUCUCACUGCGAAUCGACUCGAUGGUGAAAUGUAAAAAGCAAAGUCACACAAUGCGAAUUAUAAAUAUUUUUCAAGAUUUUUAGCAUAGAUCUCCAUAUAUGUAUAUGAAAUAUUAUUAAAAUAUUCUGUUUAUCUCCCAAUAUACAAACAUCAAUUAUAGUUUGUAAUGUUGACUAAGAAACAUAUAUUAUGUAAACCUUUUCAGAUCUUUAUGUUAGGUAAAUAAAUAUAAAUAAUAUAACCUCACAUGACAACUUCAAUUCUAAUUAAGUGAUAAAGAAAAUUAUUUUUGAUUGUUUAAUAUAUAUAAAUUAUUACGUACAUGAUUUGUUCGAUAUCACUAUUACUUUGUUAUGGGGAUAAAAAUACAUUCAUAGAAAAAGUACACGUAUCUCGAAUAUAUUAAUAGGAUAUAUAUCAAUACGUGUAUUUUCGAAUAUGUGCGUGUAAAGUGACUCGGCAGCAAUGUAGGCAUUGAAACUAAUUGUCUAGAAUUUUUUUCAUUGUCGUUUUUAAAUCAGAUUUAAUUUCUAGUUAGGACUAAUUAAUGGACUGUCGUUUAUAAAUGGUGAUCCUAGGUUCUUACGAAGUAAUCAGGAACAGCUAUUUUAUAAUAAAAUUAGUUUUACUGCCUACGUUGCGGUAAUAAAGCUAUUUGGUCAUACGCACUACUAUACUUACUGAUUUUAUAUAUAUUGAAAUUUUUGUUGCCAUAAAAACUUACCUUAUUUAAAUAACUCAGAAUUUAUGUCAAUUAUAACGUCGCCAUACGUAUGUACCGAAUUAUUUUAUAUUUAAGAAAUGUUCAAUGACACUUUGUAUUUAUUUUAUAGUUUUUUUAUGAAUUUUUAUUUGUUAUAAUUUACUUUUAUGAUAGGGUUAUGUCAAUAAUGACAGAAAAAAUCAUUUGUUAAAAUAACUCGUUAUUAUUAAGACGUACCUAGCCUACAUUACAAAAACGAAAAAAGAUAAUGUGCCAAUUUACGCUAGCCCUGACGCAAACGGUCUCAUGGCUACAUUUGCCUAAUAAAAUUUCGCGACUGUGAGGAUAAUCAAGGCUAUUUUUUAUUACGUUUACUGCGAUUGAGGACAUCACAUAAUAAUUAUCAUAAAUAACGUUUGCGUUGAUGCGGUAAACUUCUAUGAAAUCUGCGCAUUCUCCUUUAUUUAAAUAUAUUAUUACGUAAAAUAUAAUAUAUGCCAGUGCUAUACUUUUAAUUGUAUUUUCGUUUUUGUGUAUAAAUAUCACAAAUAUCCUAUGUAGUUAGAUAUGUAGUGAUGUAUGUAGUCGUACAUCUAAAAUAUAAUUUGCAACGAUAAAUGAAGGUCGUUGUGGCCUGCUCCGGUACAUACCACUUACUUGAAAAGAAGCCUAAAUAGUGCUGAUAUUCAGAGUAAUCUCUCUCACUUUUGACAGCUUCAUACAACUGAUCUCUCAUUUCAAAGCGUCAAAGAAAGCUAUUGACAUCCUUAUCUUCCACUUCUCUCAUACAACAAAGAUUAACGCAAAUUAAAAAUAUCCAAAGGCAAACGCUAUAUAUGCAAUCUGCAGGUUGUAUUGGAUAGUCUGUCUCAUCUACGCCAUAUUUAUACGUCUACCCCGCGUUUUCUUUGUCUGGACGGAGUCCUUAGUGGAGUAGGCAAAACCUUAUAAUAUCAAUGAUUUUGACUGUUUUUUUGUUAAUGACUCAAUUAAAUGUUUAUUACUUAUUAGUAUUUGUUUGAAAACAACAAAUUUACGAUUUUUGUAUGUAGACACUACAUAAAUUUGCAAAUUAUUUAGUACUACGAGGGCUGCUAUUUAUGUAUCCGGAAUAACAAAAUUAAACAAACAUAUAUUAUUACAUAUGGUUUUAUUGUUUCUCGAAGUAUUCUCCGCGAUGAUCUAUGCACUUCUGCAUACGAUGAAACCAAUUUUCAAAGCACUUUUUCCAUUCUGAUUGAGGUAUGUCCAAAACGUGUGUUUUGAACGCAUCAUCGGCCUCUUCGCGGCUCGAAAAACGUUGACCACGUAAUUUAUUUUUAAUGUUUGGAAAUAAAUAAAAAUCAUUGGGUGCCAGGUCGGGGCUGUACGGCGGAUGACCCGUCAAUUCAAUCUUUUGACCCUCCAAAAAAUUAUUUGUUUCAGCCGACUUGUGGCAGCUAGCAUUGUCGUGAUGAAGUAUGAUUCUGCGUUGUGGGUUGUUCUUUCGUAUUUUUUCAAAGACUUCUGGCAAACAAAUGGUGGUGUACCAUUCAGAAUUAACCGUCCUACUAUUCUCUAGUGGCACUGUAGCUACAUGUCCGUUGAUACCAAAAAAACAAGCGACCAUUUGCUUUAAAGUGCUUCUCGCACGAACAACUUUUGUUGGAUUCGGUUCAUCUUGAAAGACCCACACCGUUGACUGCUGUUUAGUUUCAGGGUCAUAAGCAUAGAUCCAGGUUUCGUCACCUGUGUAGAUAUUAUAAACAGCUUUUGACGUGCCACGGUUGUAUUUUUUUAUCAUUUUCUUACACCAGUCGACACGAGCCUGUUUUUGAUCUACGCUCAAGUUGUGCGGAAUCCAACGCGAACAAAUUUUUUUAACAAUUAAAUGUUCGUGUAAUAUCGCGUGUAUACUCGUCAUACUAAUGCCCAGAGACGCCUCUAUCUCGCGGUAUGUAACAUGACGAUCUUGCAUUACUAAUUGUCGCACAGCAUCAAUAUUUUGUUGUACCACUACCGAUUUAGGACGACCCUCCUUAAUUUCAUCCGUGAGCAUAGACCGUCCACGUUGAAAUUCCUUAAACCAAUAAUACACAGUGGUUUUCGAUGGUGCUUCAUCUCCAUAAGUUAAAAUCAGUUGUUCGAUGCACUGUUUUUGAGUUAAUCCACGCCGAAAAUCAUAAUAAAUCAUCGCGCGAAAAUGUUCACGAGUUAAAUCCAUGGCAAUGAAGACAAGCUAUUUUCAAAAUUGGCGCCAAUUGAAAAAAACAAAUGACAGGGACAUGAAAAAUAUUUAUUCUCUAGCCGAAGAGUUCUAUUUUCAAAUGUUGUAAUUACUUUUUAAAUAUUCUAGAAUUAUUGGCCAGUUCCGGAUACAUAAAUAGCAGCCUAUGUACCACACUAAUUUAUUUUAUAGAUUUUAUGAAACCCCUUGGCAAACCUAAAUUGUUUCAAAACUUAAUUUCGCCAUCUAUUUAACGUUUUCAUCAUGUAUGCAUUCAGACAACAAGCUUAAAUUGUAUUAUAAUAACUCCUAUUUCAUCCUAACGUCUUGCAUCCGGGUUAAGCGCAUUUAAUUUGUAUUUAACUGAACGACGAUGCGAAAAACUGAUUGUCCCAAUUUAGACAAUGAUUAAACCUGGAAGCUGUCUAUACCUUUUUGAGUAUUUUUUAUUUUACUCCCAAGCGGGACAAAAUUAGGGGUAUAAUAUAAAUACAACGAACCGCUAAGUUUUGAAAAUUGUAUGCGUCGGUUCGUUGGUUGAUAACAUUAUUUAUGUAAAAAUAUGAGGAAUUAAAGUAAGACUGAGGGUGUUGUAGAUAUAAUAACCAUAUAUUUUAGAUAUUAAUGUCAUAGGUAUAAUGUCCGCACCACAACAAAUCCCGCAGAUGGGAGCAAUACUUUCGCUGACUAAAUUCAAAGGUCCACACGUUGCCGCAUCCUAUAGUGGCGCCGGCAAUUCAUCGUUUUGAUCGAUUUCAUUCAUAUUACGCCACUCAAUCAUACCGAAUCAGAGUAAAUGUGUAGAAUUAGACCCAUUGAAUAUGGUUCUUUGCAUCACAGAAGUGUCCUUCAUGUUAUUUGUACCUUGAAAAUAUAUUAUGCGAAUUGAUAUAUACUUCUAAUAUCUAACAUAUUAAAAUUACGUAGACUGUAUGAGUGCUAUUAUUUACUGCGAUAAAAAACCAGCAAUGUAUGCCGAAGGAAGUUCGGCGAACUGGUCCGCUAUAGUGUGUAGAGCCAGCAAUAGACACAGCAUUUGCAAAACCAAUGCUUUUUGGUUCCCUGUGCGAAAAUAGUGUUCAUGAAGAUACAAAGAAGACCUAUACAUUUUUCUUCUCAAGCAUCUUAUCACCUUACAUAUAUUUUUGCACCCUUUAGAUCAUACGCUCUCAGUAGAUAGGUAUAAUAAAUUUACACCAGUCAUCCUGUCUGAUAGGUACGUCAUCUUACAGAAAGCAUCUAUUUCAUAUCAUCUUCACAGACAUCAGUAUCGGUCUCACUUCUCGGUAUGAAAGAUUCUGUAGAAGACGCACAGAAACUAAGUACAGAGCGUAGAAAAACUGGAUUUUUGGGCGUGUCCGUCAGUCACAAACAGGACAAUAAUUGUUUUUCUGAUUGAGUUUAAUAUUCCGACAGUGUUUUCAACUUUUAACUUGGUAUGCAUCAUUUGUUAGGUAAUAUAACAAAUUAUGCAUACCUAAUUAAAGUUGUUGCGAAUGGAAAUUCUCAUAUAAAUACAAUGUUGCAAUAUUUAAUAGUUGAAGGGGAAAUUAAUUCCUAAAUGUGGGUAUUACACCCGCGACUCCAUUAACUUAUAUUUUAUUCCAACGAUUUUUGCAAAUCAACUAUUGAUUAAAUUUAUUAUAAGUUUUAUGUAUUAUAGAUAGCUACUUACUAUAAUUGUGUUUUACUUUGUUUUAUUUUAUUAUUAAAUAUAUGUGUAAUUUUAAA